GCUUUCAGGUAGGAAGUGAAACUGGGCUUGUUGGAAAAACGCGAGGUUCCCUGCUCCCCGGAUUCAGCGAGAGAGGUGGGACGCCGUGCAGAAAAACUCCAGCCCCACAGGAUGAAACUGUUGGUCAUUGUGCAUUGUCAACUCCUGUUGGCCUUAGCCAUCUCCAAUCUUUCCAUGGCGGCCAAGAUAAUGGUCAUCCCGCCCAUCAUGUUUGAGAGCCACCUGCAGAUAUUCCGGACUCUGGCCAAGGCUCUGUACAGCCAGGGGCACGAGGUGGUCCUUGUGGUGUCCCAGGGCCGCGAGAUCGAGCCGUCCCCUCAUUACCGCUCUCAGCUGUACCCUGGCAUGUUCACCAGCCAGACCGCUGACCAGUUCCUGCAGGAGAGGAUGAGCAACAUCUUCUCUGGCAAGCUGACGUCGCUAGUGCUGUUUGGCAUCCUGGACUCCUACACGGCAAACUGUGGGCUAAUGGUGAGCAACAGGAACCUGGAGGAGCGACUGAGGGAAGAGAAGUUUGAUCUGCUGCUGGUGGACCCCAACGAGAUGUGUGGUUAUGUCUACGCUGAAAUCUUGGGCGUCAAGCAUGUGACCUUUUCAACCGGGCUGUGGUUCCCUGCAGAACUUGGAGCGCCAGCACCAGUCUCGUAUGUCCCCGAAUUUAAUUCCCUCAUGACCGAUCGGAUGAAUCUCCUGGAACGAGGUUGGAACGGAUUAAUUUAUGUUGUCAGUCGCUUGGGCACUAGAUGGGCCAUCCUUCCAAAAUAUGACUCCAUUAUAAAGAAGCACAAAGAUGGGCCUUCCAGGUCCAUGAUGGAGGUGGUCCAAGCCUCCAGCAUGUUUCUUCUCUGCACUGACAUGGCUCUGGAGUUCCCUCGACCAACACUGCCCUCGAUUGUGUUUGUGGGUGGAAUCCUCACCAAGCCGGCAAGCCCACUCUCAGAGGAGCUGACGGCCUGGGUGGAGGACGCAGUGGAUGGGGUGGUGGUGGUGUCAUUUGGAGCCGGAGUCAAAUACCUGUCGGAAGAGUUAUCAACAAAACUAGCAGCUGCUGUAGGACGUCUACCACACAAAAUAAUCUGGAGGUACUUUGGAAAGAAGCCCAGUGGCUUGGGGAGCAACACAAAACUGAUGGAAUGGAUCCCACAGAAUGAUCUACUUGGUCAUCAGAAUGUCAAAGCAUUUCUGAGCCACGGGGGCUUAAAUGGUGUCUAUGAAUCCAUCUACCAUGGCGUACCAGUGGUGGGGAUACCAUUCUUUGGAGACCACUACGAUAUCAUGACAAGAGUUCAUGCCAAGGGCAUGGGGAUUUAUCUGUCCUGGAACAGAAUGUCAACAGAAGAUAUUUAUCAAGCUCUCACCACAGUGACCACCGACCCAAGGUACAAGAAGCAGGCGAUGUACUUGUCCAAACUGUAUCGGGACCAACCCCUUCACCCAGUGAACCGCACCGUGUACUGGCUGGACUACGUUCUACGACACAACGGAGCGACACACUUGCGGCCCACCCUGUACGACAUGGCCUUCUAUCAGUAUUACAUGCUGGAUGUGGCGGCCAUUUCCAUCGCCUGUGUGAUAUUACUUUGCUACUGUUUCCGAAGACUGCUGAGAAAACUGAAAGAAAGAUUGUCGCCAAAAGUCAAAUGCAGUCAAACGCAGAAUGGGUUUCAAAAUAGAAAGAUCAUAUCAGAUGGCAAGAAAAAGAAGUGAUCGAACUCACCAGUGAUACCCAACUUGGUUUCUUGACACUUGAAACACAGUUGCACAAGUAUUUGGAAGCUAAUGGAAGCUUUAUGCUAUUUCUACUGAAUUUUUUAUAAUAAAGAUUAUCUUUAUAAA